UCGCGCAGCAGUCGCUGAGUAGCCUGUGAAGUGAACUGCUACGGAGAUUUAACCAUGUCUGCUUGUGGUCCGGCAGUGGGCAUCGACCUGGGCACCACCUACUCCUGUGUGGGGGUGUUCCAGCUUGGCAAGGUAGAGAUUAUUGCCAAUGACCAGGGCAACCGCACCACCCCCAGCUACGUGGCAUUCACCGACACCGAGCGGCUGGUAGGGGAUGCAGCCAAGAACCAGGUGGCCAUGAACCCCAACAACACGGUCUUCGAUGCCAAGCGACUGAUUGGGCGGCGGUUCGAUGACCCCACCGUGCAGGCCGAUAUGAAGCACUGGCCCUUUACCGUGGUGAAUGAAGGUGGCAAGCCCAAGUUGCAGGUGGAGUACAAGGGCGAGAUGAAGACCUUCUUCCCGGAGGAGAUCUCAUCCAUGGUGCUCAACAAGAUGAAGGAGGUCGCUGAGGCUUACCUGGGCUGCCGGGUCCCCAACGCCGUAGUCACAGUGCCAGCCUACUUCAAUGACUCUCAGCGGCAGGCCACCAAGGACGCGGGCACCAUCUCUGGCAUCAACGUGCUGCGGAUCAUCAACGAGCCCACCGCCGCGGCUAUCGCCUACGGCCUGGACAAGAAGGGCACUGGUGAACGUAACGUCCUCAUCUUUGACCUGGGUGGUGGCACCUUCGAUGUGUCCAUACUCACCAUCGACGAUGGCAUCUUCGAGGUGAAGUCCACGGCCGGAGACACCCACCUGGGUGGCGAGGACUUUGACAACCGCAUGGUCAACCACUUUGUGGACGAGUUCAAACGCAAACACAAGAAGGACAUAAGCAGCAACAAGCGGGCCCUCCGCCGCCUUCGCACUGCAUGCGAGCGAGCCAAGCGCACCCUGUCCUCCAGCACCCAGGCCAGCAUCGAGAUUGACUCGCUCUACGAGGGCACCGACUACUAUACAUCCAUUACCCGUGCCCGCUUUGAGGAGCUCAACGGCGACCUGUUCCGUGGCACACUGGAACCCGUGGAGAAGGCGCUGCGAGACGCCAAGCUGGACAAGGCGCAGAUCAAUGAGAUUGUCCUGGUCGGCGGCUCCACGCGCAUCCCCAAGAUCCAGAAGAUGCUGCAGGAUUUCUUCAACGGCAAGGAGCUCAAUAAGAGCAUCAACCCGGAUGAGGCGGUGGCGUACGGGGCUGCAGUGCAGGCGGCCAUCCUGACCGGGGACAAGUCGGAGAAGGUGCAGGACCUGCUGCUCCUCGACGUGGCGCCGCUGUCGCUUGGCAUCGAGACUGCCGGAGGAGUGAUGACCGCGCUCAUCAAGAGAAACACCACCAUCCCCACCAAGCAGACCCAGACCUUCACCACCUACUCCGACAACCAGAACAGCGUGCUCAUCCAAGUCUACGAGGGUGAGAGGUCCAUGACCAAGGACAACAACCUGCUGGGGAAGUUCGACCUCAACGGGAUCCCCCCGGCACCCAGAGGGGUACCCCAGAUCGAGGUAACUUUUGACAUUGAUGCGAAUGGUAUACUGAACGUGACCGCCGCGGACAAGAGCACAGGCAAAGAAAACAAAAUCACCAUCACCAAUGACAAGGGCCGGCUGAGCAAAGAUGACAUUGACCGCAUGGUGAAUGAGGCUGAGCAGUACAAGGCGGAAGACGAGGCCAACCGUGAUAGGGUGGGGGCUAAGAACGGGGUAGAGUCUUACGUCUACCAAAUCAAGCAGACCAUAGAAGAUGAGAAGCUGAAGGGUAAGUUGAGCGACCAGGACAAAGAGAAGAUUUCGUCCAAGUGCAAGUCAGUCCUUGAUUGGCUGGACAAGAACCAGAUGGCGGAGAAAGAGGAGUUUGAGCAUCAGCAAAAAGAAUUGGAGAAAGUAUGCAAUCCAAUCAUUACCAAGCUUUACCAGGGAGGAGCCCCUAAUCCAGGAGCCACUUGUGGAGGAGCAGCAGGAGGAGCAGGUAAAGGAGCAGGAGGACCCACCAUUGAAGAAGUAGACUAGGUCGCCUGAGCUCUGUACUGGCAGGGUUUGCAAUCAGAAAUACAAAUGGUAAUAUCUAGAUUACAUUUAUUCAUGUAUUAAUGUUUGCCUUGUAGACAGUCCAGUACAUGUUCCUUCUAAAUUAGUUCAAGGUUAGAAGUUAAUACUUUCAUUGCUGGAAGGAGUUGCCAAAGCCAAUUUGCCUUUUUAAUGUUUCCUAUAGUGUGAGAGCUUUUGGUUUUACAUUUCUGUUGGAUGAAGGUUGAUCAUUACUGACGGGUCCUUGGAGAGGUUUAAGCUGCUCAAAGCAAACCUACCUACCUGUCUGAAAAUGCAAAACGAAGAAUUCUGCCUUUGA